AUGGCCACAUACCCCACUAAGGAGAAGGUUAACUUUCAUCCAUUCCCAGAAGGUCUUACGGUCCUUGCAGUUGAUGAUGACCACAAUGUUCUUGUAUUCAUUAAAAGAAUGUGUAUUCAAUGGAAUUAUCGCGUUAUUGCAUUCUCUGAUGCCCCAUCUGCUUUGAAUUUUGUGCGGGAGAAAAAAGGUUGCAAUAUUGAUGUGAUACUCACUGAAGUUCAUAUGGCAAAUAUGGAUGGCUAUGAAUUCCUUAAGCAUGCCACUAAGGAAAUUAAUGUUCCUAUUAUCAUGAUGUCUCAUGAUAAUGCUACGACUACGAGUGCUUUAAUGGAAGCUGUUAAACAUGGGGCUUGUGAUUUUUGGAUUAAGCCUUUGAAUGAAAAACAAUUCAGGAUAUUGUGGACGCAAGUUGCUAGGAAAAUGUGGAAUGAAAAGAUGCUAGCAAAAACAGAUGAUUCUUCUGUUCAUGGUACUAGAGUGAUGAAUACAGAAAAGAACAGCUCAACCCCACCAAAGAAGCCCCGUUUAGUGUGGCAAGGAGAAUUGCAACAGCGAUUUGUCAGGGCUAUAAUGCAUCUUGGGCUUGAUAAGGCACAACCAAAGAGGAUUCUUGAAGUGAUGAAUGUUCCCGGUUUGACAAAAGAGCAUGUAGCUAGUCAUUUGCAGAAAUAUAGAGUUAAUUUGAAGAAAUCUAAUAAAAUGAUCACUGCGCAUCAAGAGAAUGAGAUGCAAAUGCAAUUACCAAACAAUAUAGAAUCCAGGGGCAUGGUAGGCGCAUCUAGCAUUUUUCCCUAUGCAGUCCUUCAUCCUGAAGAACAAUGGCCUAACUAUUACCAUCUUGAAGAACAACAAGGUGUGCCAUAUAUAGCAAAAUAUCCUUCUAACAUGAUCAAUAAUGCCAAGAAUUUUGCUCAGCCAAUAAUGACAGUAGAUGAUGCACCUAUAUGUGGAGUAUUGCCCCAGUCUAAUACAGUGACAGCCAACAAUGCAUUGAUGCAUCCAGAUAUGUAUGUAGCAGCAGCAGCAUCAUCAGAGGCAGCAAACAGGUUGUCCUUUACAGAUACUUUUAUUACAGAUAAGCUUGGUGUCUAA